AGCCAUUAAAUGAGCGCCGCUUGACGAUUGCGCGUGAACUCAGAAAACCCUUCUGGAUAUCUGUUCGUCUUCAUUUGCCUGAGGCAGGAUGGAAGAAGCAGAACUCUUAAAGGAACGCCUUCAAGCUAUUACGAAUAAGAAAAAAAUCCAAGAAGAAAUUGCCCACAAACGGCUUGAAAUUGACAGAGAGAAACUAAAGCUUCAACAUGUCAAGAAAAGGUCCAUGAGAGAUCUGUGGCUCAUGGAUGGGAUGAACAGCAGUAAUGCACAGGAAACACAAAAAGCUCUUGAAGAUGCACAACAAACGAAACACCUCAAGAGCAGCAUACAUCGGAUAGAGAAAGAGAUUGAAGCAUUGGAGAGAGAGGAAAUGAACAUCUCGACAAAUGAAGGGCUGAUUCUAAAGAGGCUAAAAGCCAUUGAAAAGUCUCCAGAGGAUAUCAUUAAGGCAGCGAAUGCAGAUUUCAUAUCAGAGCCGAUCUAUAUUCAUUCAACAAUUCCAAAUAUGCUAAAGCCCAGCACACCACUAUUAAAGCAGAGGAGAAAACUAAAUCUGGAAACUGAAGCAAAAACUGACCAAACCAAACCUGCUUUGUUCGCCAUGGAAAUUAACGUUCAGAAGGACUUGCGCACAGGUGAAAGCCAAGUUCUCUCCACCUCCACCAUUUCUCCCCAAGAGCUCCAGCAGAAAGGCAUCAAGGUCUACGAUGAUGGCCGGAAGUCCGUCUACGCCCUGCGUACAGACGGCCACCAGCCAGGUGCGAAUGGAGUGGAUGAACUUAGUCCUGUGGAGGUCGAAGAGCUGCUGAGGCAGGCCUCUGAGAAAAAGAAGAGGUCCAAUCCGGUUCAGAUGGACCCUUCAUAUCCUUACAACCUCUCCCAUGAAUUACAAUCCACCACUGAAAACAGGGAGAACCAUGAAUACAAGGGAUACCAAGAUCCCUAUAGCUUUGACUUAUCGACAUGGCCUGAGCUUGUGUACAAUGGUGGCGUGUGCUGUCCAGAUGACGCGGGCCACAGACUUCCUCUCCUGCCAAUGCCUAAAUACAAUGACAGACCAGACGAAUACUAUCAUGACAGCCGUGAGCUACACAGAGGGGAAAGAUAUGCACAUGGACCGUAUUACAACCAAAGAGAGAACCACAGGGGAAUGCAACGUUUGGAUUAUGACAGCAAAAAUCAAAGCCUGUGUUCAGCCUACUCGGAGGACUCCAAUCUCAGCAUACUGAACGCCAUGCCAUCAGACGAGCCCGUCACCAUGAUCUUCAUGGGCUACCAGAAUGCUGAAGAUGACAGCCAGAGCUAUGAAGGCUCAGUUCGGGCAGAGUUGGUGAUUAUUGGAGAUGGUGAAGAUGAAGCGAGCAAGAGCUUCAACCGCCAUGAGAACUGCAAUGCCAACAACGCCUUUCCCUACUCUGCUGGACGAAAGGGCAAGAGAGACAGCACGGAAAACCCGUCAGCUACAGGUACCCCAAAGGUCAAAAAGGUCAAAAGGAGACACAAACACUGCUGUGUGUUGAUGUAGUUUCACUAACACUCUAUCAGCUCUUCUAUGAUGCAGCUUCUCACCAGACUGGCUUCUCUCGCUCUGCAUGCUGGACACUGUUGUCUUACGUUGUGGUUUUGAGUUUUUCAGUGUCUUAACAAACUGCUUUCUAUCCUUCAUGUUGGCAUCUGCUUAUGUUUUCUUUUUCUGAUAGUAUGUGUAGAAAGACUUUAGAGCUGGGGUCUUCGAAAGGUGGUACUGUAAUCUAAUCUCAAUUACAUUUUUGUGGAAAUAUUGAAUAAAAAAACAGUAUCAUAUUAACUAAAAUAUACUACUGUUCAAAAGUUUGGGGUCGUUAAGAUUUUUGUAUUUUUAAAUCUCUUGCUCACCUAGGCUGCAUUUAUUUGAUCAAAACCCCAGUAAGAACUGUAAUAUUUUAAAAUAUUAUUACAUUAUAAAGAUUUAAAAUAACUAUUUUCUGUUUUGAUAUAUGUGACCCUGGACCACUAAAGCAGUCUUUAGUCACUGGGGUUUAUUUGUAGCAAUAGCCAAAAAUUCAUUGUAUGGGCCAACAUUAUAGAUUUUUCUUUUCUGCCAAAAUAUCAUUAGGAUAUUAAGUAAAGAUCAUGUUCCAUGAAGAUAUUUUGUAAUUUUUUCUAUUGUAAAUAAAACGUGAAUUUUUAUUAGUAGUAUGCAUUGCUAAGAACUUAAUUUGGACGACUUUAAAGGUAAUUUUCUCAAUAUUUAGAUUUUUUGCACCCUCAGAUUCCAGAUUUUAAAACAGUUGUAUCUUGGCUAAAUAUUGUCCUAACCUAACGAGCCAUACAUUAAUGGAAAGCUUAUUUAUUCAGAUUAUGUAUACAUCUCAAUUUAGAACAUUUUUGACUGAUUUUGUGGUCCAGAGUCAUGUAACUUUUUUCUGUGAUGGCAAAGCUGAAUUUUUAGCAGCCAUUAAUCCAGUCAUAUGAUCAUUCAGAAAUCUUUCUAAAAUGCCGAUAUGGUGCCAAAGAAACAUUUCUUAUCCGUUUUGAAGGUUCUUGUGCUGCCUAUUAUUUUGUGGAAAUGGUGAUGCAUCUUAUUCAGAAAUAUUUGGUGAAUGGAAAGAUCAAAAGAACAGCAUUUAUUUGAAAUAGUCAAAGAUUGUCAUUUCUGAUCAAGUAAAUGUGUGCUUGCUAAAUAAAAAUCAAUUCUAAUAAUUUUCUAUGAUUCCAGACUUUUGAGCAGUAGUGCAUGUCAUUGUGCCUCCCACAUUAAGAUGUAUGUUAUUGUACAUUUUAAUUUCACUUGAUACAAGUAUGUGAUCAGUACCGAUUUUGAAUGUAAGCGUCAUAGGUAUGAAACUGCAUUCUGUAGGGAUUAUAUACAUGUUAUUAAUGAUCAUGCUUAGAACGCAUCUCUUUAAUUUUACAUAAAAUAUCUAUAAUCCACCAAAGGAUCCUUGAAAAAGGUUGAAGACCCCUGAUUUAGAGCUUUACGUCCCUCUAGUGGUGAAGGGGUGGAAAUUCACAUAUUUUUCAAAACAAUACAUGCAAUUUGCAACCACUCUGAUUUUUCACCUGCCAAACGUUCUAUGCUAAUACUUUUGACAUUUUUGCAUAUUUUAACUGUGCUUUUGCCAUUUGCAAUAAUUAGCAUGACGGCAUGCAAUUUUCUGUGACGUACAGCCGUGCUUGCUAUCAUGGAUUGUGCUUGUUUUUGUCAAGCAUCCUCUUUCUUUUGCUUUGACUUUGUGUAUAUGAAUGUUUUUUGAAAAGCAUGACAGAUGUCAUAAAACUGACUGAAUGAAUGAAAAUGUCUUCUUUUAUAAAGGGAUAGUUCACCCAAAAAUAUGUAUUAAUAGGUGUUAUUUUUGUAUUUAUAUAGUUUUUUUUUUUUUUUUUUUUUUGCCAAGGUAAGUGUGAAUUUGUGGUCACUUAAUUGUUGUUAUAUUAUAAGAGCUGUAUUAAGGUUUUUUGAAACAGUUAUUUUGUGUUCCACAGGAAACAUAGUACAGCAGAGAUUUUGAAAGUCAUGAGUAAAUGACAGAAUAAUCA